AAUUACUACUAUAGUAGAAACCAAAUCUCAUAUCUAGCUAUACGUAUCGGUAGAUAUCACAUCUGGUUAUGAAGUCUGCAGUCCGCUAUUAUAAGUGAUAGUGUAGUUACGUGUGCAAAACAUACAUAGAAUGACAGAAAAAUCGGCGAAUAUUGAGGCGUCAGAGGCGUUGAACAUAAAAGCUUCAAAGGAUGAUGUUAUGGAACGCAUCAUCCAGCAUGUGGGAGAGAUGGGGACGUACCAACGCUGGCUAGUGUUAGCAAUGUGCCCGUUCGGUAUGGCACUGUCAUUUAUCUAUUGUGUACCAAUGUUCGCGACAGCCACACCACAGAAGCACUGGUGUAGGGUGCCUGAACUUCAACAUUUAGACAUUGAUUUGAGACGAAAUCUAUCAAUACCGGGCGCCGCAACAGGAUCUGAUUGGAACCGAUGUAUGGUGUACAACACAAAUUGGACAAAAGUGUUGGAAACUUUAAAGCCUCCACCUCCAGAGACGCCGACGGUGCCAUGCCAAUACGGCUGGGAGUUCUUAUAUGAUGACAUACCUUACGAAACUGUUGCCAGCGAGCGCGGAUGGGUCUGCGACCAGGCCAGCUAUGUGCCAUUAUCUCAGGCGAUAUUCUUCGUCGGCUCUCUGGUCGGUUGCUGUCUCUUCGGCUGGAUGGGUGACACUUAUGGCAGGUUACCAGCAUUUAUAGCGGCCAAUAUAGUUGGAUUUGUGGGUAGCAUCGCCAGUAUAGUCAGCAAAGGUGUUUGGGACUAUACAGCAAGUAAAUUUCUGUGCGGAAUGGCAAACGAUAGCUGCUAUGUGAUGUUAUACAUUCUAGUUCUAGAGUACGUGGGUCCAGGACAUCGGACCUGGGUGACGAACAUGACUAUGGCGUUAUUCUGCGGUGGUGGGGCAGUACUGACGCCAGUGUUGGCACUGUGGGUGCAGGACUGGCGCAAGCUCGUGCUCGUCACGUCACUGCCGAUGCUACUUGCGUUAGGCACGCCCUGGACAGUGCCAGAGAGUGUAAGAUGGCUAGCAUCAUCUGAUAAAAUGGAGAGAGCCACGACAGUCCUUAGAAAAUUCGAGAAGGUAAACAAGAAACAAAUACCGGAGGAUGUCUACACCGAAUUUAUUGCCUCGUCUAAAAUAAAAAGUAAUUCAGACGAGUCUAUGAAAGCGCUCCUAAAAAGUCCUCCAUUGAGAAACAGCAUGAUCGCAAUAAUUUUAGUGACGAUGUUGACUUGCAUCGCUUUUGAUGGCAUUUUGAGGCUAUCUGAGAAUAUAGGGGAUAAUUUCUUCGUAACAUUUGCACUGUCGUCUAUGGCUGAGAUACCAGCUUUAGGUGUUGUUGUGUUGACCUUAGAUAGGUUUGGCCGUCGUACCGUCACUGUUGUGACCUUAUUACUUGCCGCCAUGUUUUCAUUUUUAUGUGCAUUUUUUGCAAGAGGUCCCGCACAAAUGACCCUGGCGGUGGUAAUGCGUUUCUUUGUGAAUAUGGCGAUGAGCGCCGAGACGCAGAUUGUGCCCGAGAUGUUGCCCACAGCGGUACGCACGAGCGGCAACUCUCUCGUACACGUCACCUUCUACAUAGGGACAAUCUUCUCGUCUUAUAUUGUCUUCUUGGGUCGGUACUGGCAGCCCCUACCGCUUCUAUUAUUUGGCCUGAUGUGUGUCGUUAGCGGUGCUAUUGCAUUGCUGUUGCCAGAGACCAAAGGGCGCGCCAUGCCACAGACAAUCGCUGAGGGAGAGAGGCUGGUCAGAGAAACAGUAUUAUGCGCAAAACGGACGAGAGAAGAUACCUACAGAGAAAUCCCACUUAUCAUAUACAAUAAAUAAAUUAAAUCUAAAUUCUUAACCCUUCUUUGCAUAAUGGUAUAAAUUUCUAUCAUAACAUUGAAUGCCCAAAAAUUUAUAAAAGAACAAUUUCACUUUAAGUUGAUCGUGUCUGGAUACCUUUUUAAUGCCCAUUGCAGAAAAAAAAAACAUAGCUGUCAACUGUCAAAUUUAUUUUUUUAAACAUUUUUCUUUAAUUUUGAACAUGAAUUAUGUCACCUUGAUUUAUUGCAUCAAUAAAAAAAAAUGCAAAGAAGGGUUAAACAAUUGACUAAUUUUGGAUAAUGUUAAAGAACUUUACAAAAUUUGUGAAAAGAAAGGUCCUUCUAACUUAUAAACGCUAAAUAAAUUUAUUCAGUUGCUACGUGUAAAUGAAUGAACAGGCUUUCUUACUUAAUAAUAAGUAUUAGUUAUUGAUUUAUAGUGACUUUGUAAUACAUUAGUCUUCGAGUUAAAUCUAGUCAAGUGUUGCCAUGUGAAUAGAUUCUUAGCGAAAAGAAAGCCAAAAAAGGAAGUUCUCGAUCCGUCUGUUGUUUUGUGACUUCGUCACUAAUUUUGAACCGAUUUUCCCAAUUCUUUUUGUAAUCUAUAGCCUUUAUUUCCACAUUGGUCCCAUUUUAAUUUUGUAAUGAUUUAAAUUGCUUUUUUCUCGAUGAAAGCUGCUUGUUAUUACACCUACAUGUAAACACCUAAUUGAAAGUUCUAAAUUCAAUUAUUUACAAUGUUAUAGAAAAAUUUUUAGUUUAUUUUUUUUUUAUAUUCAUUAGUGCCUUCAGAAAUAGUUGCUUUUUUUGCGAAACAAUAUACUUGUUGUGUAUCUGUAAAUAAUAAAAAGCUGCAUAGACGAGGGACAUUUUGUCCGUAGGUGAAAUUCUCCAUUCUUAGACGUUUACUUACAUAAACACGUGCCUUGCGGCAUGAAGUUUAGUUUCUAUAUAUUGACUGAUAAUAGGGUUGUCUGUGGUUUGUACAAGACUUUAAUUAUGCAACAACUGUGUUUCAAUUCCGUUUUGUUCCUGCAAAAUAAUUAGAAGGAAUAUUUAUCUCUUCAUACCACAUAGGGGUGGUAAAGUGCUGUGAUGCCAUAGAUUGCAAGCGUUCAUCAACUGCUUGCAAUCAGGAAGACCGUAUUUUCGAUUGCCAUUGUAAUAAAAAUAAAGAUGUUACUUUUACUAAAGUGAUAAACCCGAUGAGAUUAUAAUAAAAUUUUAUA